AUGUAUUCUUAUAAAAUACCACAGAAUUUUUAUUUUUUCUUAGAAACACUACCUGAUGCUCUGCCUGUCCGUCAGGGUUCUGGGCACGUCGGGUUCCUUCCAUCAGUAUUAAGGUGGGUGUCAUGUAUGGCCCUCAUCCUCUGUCCCCCCACCCAUGGGCCCCAGGCUCUGCAGCUACCAUGGUGGCCAGGGGCUGCUGGGCGGCUGCUGAGUUCUCUGCUCUUCUGCUCCACAAAGCUCAUCUCUGCACAUGCUUCCUCCCUUGAAAACUCUUUUUUUCCUUCCCCUCCUGCAAAGGUUGUUUGUGAUUCCUAG